AUGGAGGCAAAGCCACUGACUGAACGUGAAGGUGACACGAGGAAGGAAGAACUUGACCUUAUGCUUUCGGAGGCCGAGCGCAAGCAGUCACCUGAAGAGGGCCUGAGAGACCAGGAUUCAACUAUGUGGAGCCGAAAGAUGCAGAGAUGCCACCAAACGUCACUAGACGAGGCAACCAACAACACAGAACACUGCGUUAUUCUGACCUUGCCAUUGGAACUGAUGAAAUUUAGGACCAUAUACGGUCCAAAAUUCCUCUUCUUGGCUCCUCCAAACGAGUUUGGUGUUCCGAAGUUCGUGUCCACCACAAUUCGUCCUACUAAACUUCCCUUUAAGGAGUGCUAUGAUUACCACGAUUGCGCGGCAUUCUUCGCGGACUUCUUGUGCUAUGAAGAGCUGGAACCGCCAAACGAAUACCCACCCGUUUUGCCUUCACCGACGUCGGUAAUUUCCUGGCGCAAGGGGGACAGCUUUGACUAUGCUGUCUUGCUCUGCUCUGUCCUCAUUGGACAAGGCUAUGACGCCUACUGCGUUUCCGGUUGCGCCCCCGAAUUUAUCACACGAGUUAAUCAAACAAAUGAGCUGCCUCCAUUUCUGCCACACGAAAUGAAAGUGGAAGAGGAUAUGAAGCAUCAUGUGGAUCGAGAAUUGCAGCAGUCCCCCAAUUCUCCCAUAAACGCCUCUGCAGACGCUGACGUACCUCCUCUCGAAGAGAUGCGCGUUGUCCCCAAAAAUGAUAGUGAUGAAGGAUUAGACUUUGUCAUUCCCAAGCGCCUCCCACCAGAAUCAGCUUUUCUCAAAAAGGUCGAAGAUGAGAAGAAUGAACAGGAAGCUGCACGGAAGGCGGAGAGCGAGCACAUCUUUACAGACUGUGAUUCUCCGAUUCACGGAGAAGACCCGUUCGAAGGUCGUCGUGUUCACUGUUGGGUGCUUAUCAAGAAAGGGAAGCGUGGAGUUCAAAAUGAUGUAUUCCUUGAGCCUACGACGGGCCGGGAAUAUGCUUUGUCCGAGGCACCAUAUAUAGCUGUCCACUUUGUAUGGAACAAUGAAAACUUCUGGGUCAAUAUGGUCACUCGGGUGCCGGUCCGACAGCUCUGUUGGGAUUUGUACAAUACGAGGUUUUUCGAGUACAUCCUUUUGAAGAAAUCAAGGGCCCUUCAAGCCCCAUUGAGUUGGGCCGGUCGGUUUACUGUGUCGCGCGAUGACAUCGUCAAGCGUUACUUUGGACUGAACAAGACGGUCUUCUACAAACAGACCAAAGUGGAAUACUUUGCUCUGUAUUCUCAACCCGACGGUCUUGUCAUGAGGGUCACUCUUUUCAAGGAUAGCCAGAGGACACUGCCCUGCCAAAUAUGGGAGACAUUCAAACAGAGGAGGGACUGCAUGUACGAGCGCGUUAGGUAUCCUGACGAAAGACGGACUGUGGAGCGGUACAUGCCCGGAACGCCUAGCGGCCUUAAGGAAGUGAUAGAAGAAGAGGCAGUGAAGCGGGAGCUCAUUUUCUAUAAAUCCAGGCUCGAUGGGCUGAUUCGCCAUGUAGAGGUCAUCGGAGUCAAAAUGUUUGAAGAGUUUGAAGGUCGCGACGAUCGUCGCACAUACCAGUCGAUCACAUUAGGAACUGAUGAGGAAGGCUCACGCGAAAAAAUUCGUAAAGAUGCAAGCGAAGACGAGUGCAAGAUAGUUUAUUUUCUUACAGAGGAUAGGGUGCGUGUCAACUUUCAUCACGCUGAAGGCGCCGUACUUCAGCCUGUCCUAAUGCUGAAACGGAUCCAUCGGUACCUGAUGCGCCAAAAGGAGAUGGUGAUGAGAUUCAGAAAUUUCGUCGUCGAUCAAGCGUAUCAAAUCCACGUGUGGAGAGGCCAGCAAGAGGCUGCAAUUACAGCCGCUCGUGAACUGGAAGAAAGGCACAUACUAGGCCUGAGGGAAGGGUCCCCCAGUACUUCUCGACCAAUGUCUCCCAACAGCGAGAUGGGCCACCGCGGGGCGGCUAUUGAAGGAGGCCAUCGAGUUUCAGGGGAGAGCACAAGAGAGACGCAAGGACAGGCCUGCACUGAUGGGCAAGGUAGCACGAGUGGCGAGGGGAACAGCGGGGCGCCUACCCACACACAACACACGCUUCAACUGACAGUCUACGAUGCUGCCCGGGAGCUUCUAAAGAAUCACAGUGAAGAGAAACAUGCCCUCGAGACGAAGCAAAAGAAGACAGAAAAUAACGAGAUCGACAUCCUCGCACCAUAUUUCAUCGAGUUCAGGGGUCGAACUCUGGAUGCUGCCUCUGCCGAGCUGAUCGCGAAAAGAUGCAAAAAUGAUAUGAGGGCGAUUGAAAAACUAAACGACCUUGAGCGUCUCCUUCUUGCGGACAGCCGCCUUGCACCUAUGUGGUCGAAGGAGACAUUCGGCUGA